CGAACGAGAUUAAAAAGGUUCCUUUCGCAACUCGAACCAAUUUUUGAAGAAGAAUCAUACGGAGGAUCAUACUUUUUAAGUCGUAUUUUGAUAAAAUAAUUACAAAAUGUCGCUUUAUCCAUCUCUUGAAGACAUGAAAGUGGAACAAAUGGCCCGGGCACAGGCACAACAAAUGCAAGCACAGCACCAGGCAGUUGGAUAUACGCCUGCGUCUGCACCAGCACCUGGACAAGCAGCACCAGCACCAUCGGGAUAUAGUGGCCUAUACCCAUCAUUAACUGACUACAUGGGAAUUGACGUGUCAGAGGAAGCUGUGAGGCAACAUGUUCCUGAUUAUUCGACAGCUGUUGUACCUAGUGCUGGAGGUGCUCUUGUACCACAAGCAGGAAAUGUUGUUGCCCCAGUGUCUGGACCCCACAACCUUGGUAUUCGCAGGGCAGAAAUUAAAGGAGGUGUGCGCGAGGUUAUCCUUUGCAAAGACAACAAUGGAAAACUUGGACUAAGAGUGCGUGCUGUCAACAAGGGCAUAUUUGUGGCAUUCGUACAUGCCAAUUCUCCUGCUGCCUUGGGUGGAUUGAGGUUUGGUGAUCAGAUUUUACAGAUUGAUGGGGAAAACAUGGCUGGAUUUGACACAGACAAAGCAAUGAGUAGACUGAAGAAUGCUUCUCCACAGAGAGUUGUUUUUGCCGUAAGAGACAGGCCAUUUGAGCGAACGAUCGUUCUUCAGAAAGACAGCACUGGCCAUGUUGGGUUUGUGUAUAAAGAUGGAAAAAUAACGAAGAUUGCAAAGGACUCCUCUGCUGCCAGGAAUGGCUUGUUAACUGAGCAUCACAUUGUUGAAGUUAAUGGACAGAAUGUUGUUGGACUGAAAGAUUCAGAGACCAAGAAGAUCUUGGAGAAUGCAGACAGGACUAUAACCUUGACAAUUGUACCUUCAUUUAUUUGUGAACACAUAAUGAAAUGCAUGGCAUCAAGCCUGGUGAAGAAGAGCAUGGACCACUCCAUUCCUGAAGUUUAACUCAACCACAAAAAAUAUUCCUGAUCUAUAUCUGGUAGCUUUCUUCACAAAAAUAGUUAAAUUAUCAGACAAAUAUUAGACACACAUUUAUGUUAUCAAAAAUCUGUUUUUAACUACUGGUUUUCAUCUCAAAGAUGUUACAUUGUAUGCCUACAUUUCUGCAUGAGGAUUCUGCUGCAGUUUUAAUUAUAAUAAUGGUCUAAUAUAAAAAUAGUCUUGAGUACAGUACAGUACAUCUCAAAAUUUAUAAUUAAAUUCAUAGAGCAGUUCCUAUGGUGUUAUGUUGAUGAAAAUGCUAAGAGCUUUGACAAAAACAGUAAUUUUUAUAGCAAUCAUAAUAAACACUCACUUGUAAUUAUUGUGAUCUUUUUAGAGGUUUUGUUAUCGAACAGCACUGUCAGUGGAAGGUUAAAAUUGCUUAUGGAAAGAAUCACGAGAUAAAAUUUAACAUUUGAGCUACAAAAUAUUAAUUUAAUACAAAUAGCAAUGAUUUCUUUUAGCAAAGUAAUAAGCAUAUAUCAAAAAAAAUGUAAAUAAAGGAGUUUGAUUUUGCAUAAA